AUGGAUUUGACUGGUACAGGAAACAAACGACUUGACCCGGAAGCUUGCGGUGAGGUGAGAGGUCAGCUAUGGGGCUGGAAAGUACCCAGACUUGGUGGACAUGGAGGUUUGGUCCAGGAAAAGGCCCGGGAAGCCAGCACCGGCACCGGCGGGAACGAACGGCCAGUUCUGGAUAGGAG